AUGACGUACAGAGCAGUCUUCAAUAAGGCGAGCACAAGUGAGAGUCAGGCGAGCACAAGUGAGAGUCAGGCGAGCACAAGUGAGAGUCAGGCGAGCACAAGUGAGAGUCAGGCGAGCACAAGUGAGCGUCAGGCGAGCAUAAGUGAGCGUCAGGCGAGCACAAGUGUGAGUCAGGCAAGCACAAGUGAGAGUCGGGCGAGAGCAAGUGAGAGUCGGGCGAGAGCAAGUGAGAGUCGGGCGAGAGCAAGUGAGAGUCGGGCGAGCGCAAGUGAGAGUCAGGCGAGCACAAGUGAGAGUCAGGCGAGCACAAGUGAGAGUCAGGCGAGCACAAGCGAGAGUCAGGCGAGCACAAGCGAGAGUCAGGCGAGCAUAAGCGAGAGUCAGGCGAGCACAAGUGAGAGUCAGGCGAGCACAAGUGAGAGUCAGGCGAGCACAAGUGAGAGUCGGGCGAGCACAAGUAAGAGUCGGGCGAGCACAAGUGAGAGUCAGGCGAGCACAAGUGAGAGUCAGACGAGCACAAGUGAGAGUCAGACGAGCACAAGUGAGAGUCAGGCGAGCACAAGUGAGAGUCAGGCGAGCACAAGUGAGAGUCAGGCGAGCACAAGUGAGAGUCAGGCGAGCACAAGUGAGAGUCAGGCGAGCACAAGUGAGAGUCAAGCGAGCACAAGUAAGAGUCGGGCGAGAGCAAGUGAGAGUCAGGCGAGCACAAGUGAGAGUCAGGCGAGCACAAGUGAGAGUCAGAUGAGCACAAGUGAGAGUCAGGCGAGCACAAGUGAGAGUCAGGCGAGCACAAGUGAGAGUCAGGCGAGCGCAAGGCGAGAAUUAAACAAUCACGAGCUGCAUUAG